AGUUUCAUUUGUCAGAAAGAAUUUUUCUUGUCAUUUACGCUUUUAGGUGGUGAAGAAAUCAAUAUGGUUAAACUCGUUUUAAGUGCAAUUUAAGUGGAUAAUAAAUGGGAAUUUAACCAAAUAAAUAACAAAAAAAGCUACAACGAUAAUUGUGUUUAUGUGGACAAAUGAAAAGUGAACAGGUCAAAAGUAUUAUAAUAUACGCCGAAGUGAAUCCGAACAUUGAAACCAAUUUUAAAAAGUUCACUGAGAAGAGAUUAAUAAUUAAUUAAAGUGAAUAAGUGCUAAAUAACCGCUGUCAAAACCAAAUCAACAAUUAAUAGGAAUAAAACGCAAUCGAUCGAACGAACGAAAAAAGAAUUUGAAGAUAUUAAAAUUAAUUUAAAUAGUACGCAAGGUGUCAACUAUAACACAUUGUGAUCCUGAGGUCGUAAAUCAAUUCCAGCGCCGUUGCAGUGAAAGAUAACUAGUGUGUUACUAUUGUAGCUGCAAAAAAUGACGCAAGUUUUGCCUAUACGCUUCCAGGAGCAUUUACAGCUCACAAAUGUCGGCAUCAACAUCAAUUCGAUUUCGUUCAGUACUCUCACCAUGGAGUCGGACAAAUUCAUUUGCGUGCGUGAAAAGGUCAAUGACACCGCACAAGUCGUCAUUAUCGACAUGAACGAUGUCAGCAACCCGACCCGGCGUCCCAUCUCCGCCGACUCGGCCAUUAUGAAUCCAGCCAGCAAAGUUAUUGCGCUUAAGGCUCAAAAGACCUUGCAAAUCUUCAAUAUUGAAAUGAAAUCGAAAAUGAAGGCGCACACUAUGACCGAGGAUGUAGUCUUCUGGAAAUGGAUUUCUUUGAACACGCUGGCCUUGGUCACCGAAACCUCUGUCUAUCAUUGGUCCAUGGAAGGCGAUUCCACCCCGCAAAAAAUGUUUGAUCGCCAUUCAUCGUUGAAUGGUUGUCAAAUUAUCAACUAUCGUUGCAAUCCAACGCAACAGUGGUUGUUGUUGGUGGGCAUAUCGGCAUUGCCAAAUCGUGUGGCCGGUGCUAUGCAGUUGUACUCGGUGGAGCGCAAGGUCUCACAGGCUAUCGAAGGUCACGCUGCCUCUUUCGCCAGCUUCAAGAUGGAGGGCAACAAGGAGGCAUCGACACUGUUCUGUUUCGCUGUGAGGACUGCAAGCGGUGGCAAAUUGCAUAUUAUCGAAGUAGGUGCCCCGCCAGCAGGCAAUCAACCCUUCCCCAAGAAGUCGGUGGACGUUUUUUUCCCACCGGAGGCGCAAAGCGAUUUCCCCGUCGCCAUGCAAGUUUCAGCCAAAUAUGAUACCAUUUAUUUGAUCACCAAAUAUGGCUAUAUCCAUCUAUAUGACAUGGAAACGGCUACGUGCAUCUACAUGAAUCGUAUCUCGGCCGAUACGAUCUUUGUGACGGCACCGCACGAGGCCAGUGGCGGCAUCAUCGGUGUUAAUCGCAAGGGGCAAGUACUCUCCGUGACCGUCGAUGAAGAGCAAAUUAUCCCAUACAUCAAUACGGUAUUGCAAAAUCCCGAUUUGGCUUUACGUAUGGCCGUGCGCAAUAAUCUCUCUGGUGCUGAGGAUCUCUUUGUGCGUAAAUUCAAUAAACUUUUCACAGCAGGUCAAUACGCCGAAGCGGCUAAGGUAGCAGCGCUCGCACCAAAGGGAAUCUUGCGUACACCACAAACAAUACAACGCUUCCAGCAAGUGCAGUCGCCUGCUGGCUCAACGACGCCACCACUCUUACAAUACUUUGGCAUACUACUCGAUCAGGGCAAACUGAACAAGUAUGAGUCGUUGGAGUUAUGCCGCCCAGUGUUGGUGCAGGGUAAGAAACAGUUAUGUGAGAAGUGGUUGAAAGAGGAGAAACUCGAGUGCAGCGAAGAAUUGGGUGAUUUGGUGAAGACAUCCGAUUUGACAUUGGCGCUAUCAAUUUACUUGCGUGCUAAUGUACCCAAUAAGGUUAUACAGUGUUUCGCCGAGACGGGACAAUUCCAAAAGAUCGUAUUGUACGCUAAAAAGGUCAACUAUACCCCGGAUUAUAUAUUCCUGUUACGUUCGGUGAUGCGCACCAAUCCGGAACAAGGCGCCGGCUUCGCCUCGAUGUUGGUAGCCGAAGAGGAAGAACCGCUGGCUGAUAUCAAUCAGAUUGUCGAUAUAUUCAUGGAGCAUUCAAUGGUGCAGCAAUGUACUGCCUUCCUGCUGGACGCACUCAAGCAUAAUCGCCCCAAUGAGGGUGCUUUGCAGACGCGUUUGUUGGAAAUGAAUUUGGUUUCGGCGCCACAAGUGGCUGAUGCCAUUCUCGGCAAUGCCAUGUUCACGCAUUACGAUCGUGCGCACAUCGCACAGUUAUGCGAGAAGGCCGGCUUGUUGCAACGCGCAUUGGAACACUACACCGACUUGUAUGACAUUAAGCGCGCUGUGGUGCAUACACAUCUGUUGAAUGCCGAUUGGCUGGUCGGCUACUUUGGAACGCUGUCCGUGGAGGACUCGUUGGAGUGCUUGAAAGCCAUGUUAACGGCGAAUAUACGUCAAAACUUGCAGAUCUGCGUGCAAAUUGCUACCAAAUAUCAUGAGCAAUUGACCACUAAAGCUUUGAUUGAUCUCUUCGAGAGUUUCAAGUCUUACGAGGGACUCUUCUACUUCCUCGGCUCGAUCGUUAACUACUCGCAGGAUCCCGAGGUGCAUUUCAAGUAUAUACAGGCGGCUUGCAAAACCAAUCAAAUUAAGGAAGUUGAACGCAUUUGUCGGGAAUCAAACUGCUAUAAUGCAGAACGCGUUAAGAACUUCCUAAAGGAGGCCAAACUCACUGAUCAGUUGCCGCUUAUCAUUGUUUGUGAUCGUUUCGACUUUGUACAUGAUCUAGUACUCUACCUAUACCGUAACAAUCUACAGAAAUAUAUUGAAAUUUACGUGCAAAAAGUGAAUCCAUCACGUUUGCCUGUUGUCGUUGGUGGUCUCUUGGAUGUUGAUUGCUCUGAGGAUAUUAUCAAAAAUUUGAUACUUGUCGUAAAGGGCCAGUUCUCGACCGAUGAGCUAGUGGCUGAAGUGGAGAAGCGUAAUCGUUUGAAAUUACUAUUGCCGUGGUUGGAAUCGCGCGUGCAUGACGGUUGUGUAGAACCCGCUACACACAAUGCAUUGGCCAAGAUCUAUAUCGAUUCGAAUAAUAAUCCCGAACGUUUCCUCAAGGAGAAUCAAUAUUACGAUAGUCGGGUGGUCGGUCGUUAUUGCGAGAAACGUGAUCCCCAUUUGGCAUGUGUAGCUUAUGAACGUGGUCAAUGUGAUCGCGAGCUGAUUGCUGUUUGCAAUGAGAAUUCACUGUUUAAGAGCGAAGCGCGUUAUUUGGUGCGUCGUCGCGAUCCCGCCCUUUGGGUGGAAGUGUUGUCUGAGGCAAAUCCCUACAAGCGCCAAUUGAUAGAUCAGGUCGUGCAGACAGCGCUGUCUGAAACACAGGACCCAGACGAUAUCUCUGUGACGGUGAAGGCCUUCAUGACCGCCGAUCUGCCUAAUGAGUUAAUUGAAUUGCUUGAAAAAAUUAUACUUGAUUCGUCUGUGUUCUCCGACCAUCGUAAUUUGCAAAACUUGCUUAUCUUGACCGCUAUUAAAGCCGACCGCACACGCGUCAUGGACUAUAUCAAUCGUUUGGACAACUAUGAUGCGCCCGAUAUUGCGAAUAUCGCUAUUUCGAAUCAAUUGUACGAAGAGGCAUUCGCCAUCUUCAAGAAAUUCGAUGUGAAUACCUCCGCUAUACAGGUGCUUAUCGAGCAGGUGAAUAAUUUGGAGCGCGCUAAUGAGUUCGCCGAGCGCUGCAACGAGCCGGCCGUUUGGUCACAGCUCGCUAAAGCACAAUUGCAACAAGGACUCGUUAAGGAGGCCAUUGAUUCGUACAUCAAAGCGGACGAUCCAAGCGCAUACAUGGAUGUGGUGGAUGUCGCCUCAAAGGCUGACUCCUGGGAUGAUCUGGUGCGUUAUCUACAGAUGGCACGCAAGAAGGCGCGUGAAUCAUAUAUUGAAAGCGAGUUGAUCUAUGCCUAUGCACGUACCGGCCGUCUCGCUGAUUUGGAAGAAUUCAUUUCGGGUCCGAAUCAUGCCGACAUACAGAAAAUCGGCGAUCGUUGCUUUAACGAUGGCAUGUACGAUGCGGCCAAAUUGUUGUACAACAAUGUUAGCAACUUUGCACGUCUCGCCAUUACAUUGGUCUAUUUGAAGGAGUUCCAGGGCGCGGUAGACUCUGCACGUAAAGCUAAUUCGACACGCACCUGGAAGGAGGUGUGCUUCGCUUGUGUCGAUGCCGAGGAAUUCCGUCUAGCGCAAAUGUGCGGUCUGCACAUCGUCGUGCACGCCGAUGAAUUAGAAGAUCUAAUCAAUUACUAUCAAGAUCGUGGCUACUUUGAGGAGCUCAUUGCGUUGUUGGAGUCCGCUUUGGGACUGGAACGCGCACACAUGGGCAUGUUCACUGAACUGGCUAUACUCUAUUCGAAAUUCAAGCCGUCUAAGAUGCGUGAGCAUCUCGAGCUGUUCUGGUCGCGUGUCAACAUUCCAAAAGUGUUACGCGCUGCCGAAUCGGCGCACCUUUGGUCCGAACUGGUAUUCCUCUACGACAAGUAUGAAGAGUACGAUAAUGCAGUGCUUGCCAUGAUGGCACAUCCGACGGAGGCUUGGCGUGAGGGUCACUUCAAGGACAUCAUCACCAAAGUGGCCAACAUCGAACUGUACUACAAAGCUAUACAAUUCUAUUUGGAUUACAAACCAUUGUUAUUAAACGACAUGCUGUUGGUGUUGGCACCCCGUAUGGAUCAUACACGAGCUGUUAGCUUCUUCUCGAAGACCGGUCAUUUACAAUUGGUGAAACCAUAUUUACGUUCAGUACAAUCGCUCAACAACAAGGCGAUCAACGAGGCGCUCAACGGGCUACUCAUCGACGAGGAGGACUAUCAGGGUCUACGUAAUUCUAUUGAUGGAUUUGAUAACUUCGACACAAUCGCAUUGGCACAAAAGCUGGAGAAGCACGAAUUGACCGAAUUUAGACGUAUUGCUGCCUAUCUGUACAAAGGCAACAACCGUUGGAAGCAGAGCGUCGAAUUGUGCAAAAAGGACAAACUCUACAAGGAUGCAAUGGAGUAUGCGGCUGAAUCUGGCAAACAGGAAAUUGCCGAAGAGCUUUUGGGUUGGUUCCUGGAACGCAAUGCCCAUGAUUGUUUUGCUGCCUGUCUAUUCCAAUGUUACGAUUUGCUGCGGCCUGAUGUUAUACUGGAGUUGGCAUGGAAACACAAUAUCAUGGACUUCGCCAUGCCCUAUUUGAUACAAGUAAUACGCGAAUACACCACCAAAGUGGAUAAACUGGAGCAAAACGAAGCGCAACGCGAAAAGGAGGAUGAAACCGUCGAACACAAGAAUAUCAUCACAAUGGAACCACAACUGAUGAUAACCGCUGGACCGGCAAUGGGUAUACCACCACAAUAUGCGCAAAAUUAUGCGGCGGCGCCUGGCUAUGCGCCAAACAUGGCUUAUCCUGGCUAUGGAAUGUAGGCAACAACUACAAAUACAACACCACCACAACAACCACUACUACUGAAAAUUGAACGAAAUUCAACAAAAAAUAAAACUAGCAAAAAAUCAAGAACACAAUCCGUAAUGUUGCAAAAAUUUUAAACAUAUAAACACGCACCGAAACACGAGUAAAAUUGCAAUUCGAAAACGAAAAUUUAAAUGUGAAAUCAAAAUUUCUGCAUGUAAAUGUAGUUGUAGUUACAUCAUCAAACGCUAUAGCAGGGAAAUACAACCGAAAACAUUGCAUUACAUACAUAUAUAGAUACAAAGCGAAAAAAAUAAAAA